AUGUUCACUUGUUACGAGUGUCUCGAUGGUGGACUUCCGAUGGACGCGCUCGAGGAUUUUACGGGUGGUCUAACUGAGCAUUUUGAUUUGCGAAAAACCGACAAGAACACGUUGAUGGCUAUGAUUGUUCGCGGCUUUCAAAUGGGCUCUUUCUUCUGUGCAAGUAUUGAUGCCGAUCCAAACAGCUUUGAGAACCAGCUGAGAAACGGGUUAAUCAUGGGACACGCGUACAGCAUCACUGCUGUUCAAACGGUGCCAACCUCGUCCGGUGAUGUGGAGCUGCUUCGCGUGAGAAACCCGUGGGGGAAUAGUAAGGAAUGGAACGGCGCCUGGUCGGACAACAGUCCUUUGUGGAAUUCGGUGAACCAAACGGAGAAGUCGAAGCUGCAAGUGGCUUUUAAUGCGGAUGGCGAGUUUUGGAUAUCUUUCGACGAUUUCAUCACCUCAUUCGAGCAGUUGGAAGUGUGUAACUUGUCGGCCGAUGUUGAAGACGAGAUCGAGCGAAUGACGGGAGUGGUGCGCGAUGAUGGGAAAGAGACCGGAUCCUGGCAAGAGGAUCAAUGUGAUGGCUCGUGGAGCAGUCAAGCGAACUCCGCUGGGGGAUGUAUCAAUUAUAUUUCCACCUUCCCGAAGAAUCCACAAUUCCAAUUGUCGCUCACGAACGCAAAGAACGGGGUUGAAGGCGAUGGAAAUUGCACGGUUGUGGUGGCGGUUUUGCAAAAAUUCCGUCGCGAACUCCGACCAAAGGGGAAAGACGAUCUUCCGAUCGGAUUCUCCGUUUACAAGGCUCCACAAGGAAACGGGGUGAAGCUGAACGAGCAAUUCUUCCGCUCAAAUCAAUCGCUCGCCAAAGUGCCCGUGUUCACGAAUAUGCGAGAGGUGACCGUUCGUUUCCGUGUUCCACCCGGUGAAUACGUUGUCGUUCCCUCAACAUUUGAGCCCUACCAAGAAGCGGAUUUUCUCAUUCGUGCUUACUCGAAUGGAGAUCUCAAAAUGCGGGAACUCAAG